GACGAGUACGCAUAUAGGUAAAUACAAUAUUGUGCUAAGGAUCCAACUGCGGGAAAAUAACGCGCGGAGAAAGUGUUUCGGCGUUAAUUCUUGUAGUCAGACUUUAGACCGAAAGAGUGUGGAGGCUUCCGUUCCACGACUCUAGGUAUAUAAAGAGUUUAUCCGGUGUUUACGAACCUCAGUGUCCGUGAGAAGUGUUACCAAGGAGAACCGUAGAAAGUAUCGAAAUGUGGCGAGCCAUUCUGGUGAGCCUUCUGGCUCAGGGCCUAACCGCCGACAAAAUAUCAUACGACGGGAGCGCGUCUUUCGUUCAAAGUUCCUCUACUUCGCACCAUCAACAGCAACACCAGCAGCAAUGGUCCUGGCAGGAUCCUGGAAAAGAUCUUUUGGCCGCAGCUGAUACCGUCCAGGGGGAAGCCUUUCAUCCGGUGACCUUCGAAGCUCCCGACGCCCUCAAGCAAGGCCACCAGCAAAAUGACCUUCAAAAUGCAGCGACUGCCUACCAAAGCCAACAGUACAACGCGAACGUACAACAGGACGGCAGCGGAGUAGCUCAAGCUUUCGAUCAGGCGAUUCAGUCGGUUGAUACUGUCAUUGAUGAUAUUCUCGUAUCAAAUCGACAGGGUCGUAAUCUGGAAGGAUACGAUGAGGUCUACUCGGAUCCGAAUGUGAAGAACGCUCUUCGCCUUGGCAACGACACGGUGGCGAGGGCCUACAUUAGGGACAAACUUUGCUCGCUUGGCCUGAUGAACUGCGACGAUCCCGAAGGAAGACGUCCUUACUAUUCACCCCACCGUGACAUUCAGCCGCAAGAGAUAAUUUACGCUCAACCGGUAACCAUAAAACCGGUCGGAAGACCUCUCCCUGCGAUCCCGGUGAAACGUCCCUACGGUCCUCCGAGGCCGGUCCCGGUUCCUCCAGGUUUCGGGUCUGGUCCUCCGGGUCCGAUUUAUUCCGGCUCUUCGGGACCCUUCUCAAAGCCACCCCCCUUCUCGGGACCGCCGCCGUCUUUCUCCGGACCGAGUUACGGACAUCCUCCCAGUUUCAGCGGACCUUAUCCCGGCUUCAAAAAACCUGGACCGAUAUACGAUUCGAAACCGGUCUACGAAGGUGGUUCAUCUUCGUUCGAAGGUGAAUUGGACUACGAAGAUAAAUAUAUAGAGAAGAAACAGGUGAUUCUUCACCAAGGCCACGAUUCCGGCGUUCAGCAGCACGUUCAUCAUCAUUAUCAUCAUGGCGAAGAGCACAACGGGGGCGGAAAGGCCCCUACUGUGGUCGUGAACAAUCCCGGUCUGGUUCCCGGUGGUUCGGGUCCAGUGAUCGGUCCGGGACCGAUCGGCGUGAACGGUUUCAAUAAUUACGGAUACGGGAACGGAGGGAGUUACGGUAGCGGUGGAAGUUACGGUGGUUCUUACAACGAUCAUUUCGAUCAGAGUUUCAAAAAGGAGUUUAAGAUAAAAACACCGUCUUCGGGGAACAGUUUGCUAGGAGCUGCGAGCAAUUCUUACGCCGAGAGAUACCCGAGUUACGAAAAACCGAGGCCAGACACAGCGGUAUUCGGAAGCGGAAAUAGCAACAAGGGUGGCUCGUCAUUUUCCAACAAUUACGAUUCCGGCAAACAAUUCAAUUCUGGAUUUUCCAACAGCCAAUACGAUUCUGUUUCGUCGUCGAACGGUUUCGGAUCAAACGGCAACAGAUACGGAUCGAACGAUUUCGGUGGUAACGGAAAUGGAAAUUACGCGUCCGGAAAUGGAAACGGGUUUGGAUCCGUGAAUAAUUACGGUUCGUCGAACGGUUUUGACAACGGUUUUUCAUCCUCAAAUAACGACGACUGUGUCUGCGUACCGUACGAACAGUGUCCGACCGUGGAUCAACUGGGUCGUAAGGACGAUCUUUAUCUCGCUCUGGACCCAAGAAAUUUGAAUAAAAAUAUCGAAGCUGAAACUGUCGAGGUUGUUCUAACGGACGGAAAUGGAAAUAUGAGCGUUGUUCGAGUACCAAAAGGUGUGAACGUUAGCGAGGAAGCGGAGCACAAAAAAGAAGAGGAUAACAAGAGCACCGAAAACGGCGACAAAGCUGAUAAAGAUAAGGUCAGCGAUGGAAGCACGGAUAAAGUAGACGCUAAACGGAGCAAACGGGACGUGAAACAAGUCGAUGGCGACAAAGCGAAGAAAACCGAUGCGCAAGGGCGGCUGGUAGUCGGUGACCUGGACACAUCUAAAUUGAACGUGAAGCCGACCUGGGGCGUAAGUUUCGGACUUCCGCAAGGAGGAGCUGGAGGCUACCCGAUAAAUCCUUACGGCGGCGAUUCCCUUGUUAAUCCGUACCCCGGUUACGGUGCCGGGGGUCAAGGGCUCAACCUUGGCCUGGUAUCGGUCAAUCCCCUGGUAGCCGUACAAGUAACGAAAGAUGAAUACGGCGACAAGAUCGUUAAACCAUUCGUCAAUCUCCACGUGACACCGAAUCACGGUCUAGUUCACAAGCUCGGCGAUCUGCUUCAUUACAAAAAACAAGUACUGUUAGGAAAACCGGGGGGCUACUACCCACCCCAUUACCAUCCCGCGGGAGCCCCGAUUUACGAAAAACCGUACGGUGGACACCACCAUUACCCGAGUCACGGUGGGGGUGGAUUCGGUCUGGGAUAUCCUGGAAAACCACAUUACCCCCAUCAUCCGCCCGUUUACAAGCCCCACUACGAAGGUCCCUACGGACAACAUAAUUACGGACAGGGUCCCGCGGGAGGAUAUUAUCGCGAGGACAACGACUACGAUGAGGACGAUUACGAUUACAGUGAUUACGGGGACGGAUCCGAUUACUACAGAAGCGGGCGUGCUAAUAAUACCAGGAAAUAUGUUGGGAGCAACGGUUAUAAUUUGGGAAACGUUAACGACGAUAGCUCCGAGAACGAUUGGGUCCCGUCAAGAAGUGAAAAUGUAGCGAAGAAUAGGGACGACGGUCGACGGGGGAGAGUAGCGUUCCCACAGAGACGAAAACGCGACGUUAACCAGGUCGAAAAUGCUCAGGAGAGACAAUUUGGACGCCCGCAAGUCUGCGGACCUCGUCAUGUCUGCUGCCGUCGACCUCAAAUCAACAACCAAAGACCUUCCCGCAAUGGUCAAUGUGGAGUGAGGAAUAGCCAGGGGAUAAACGGUCGCAUUAAGACGCCCGUUUACGUUGACGGUGAUUCCGAAUUCGGCGAGUACCCGUGGCAAGUUGCUAUCCUGAAGAAGGAUCCCAGCGAGAGCGUUUACGUUUGCGGCGGUACGUUGAUCAGCCCUCGUCAUAUCCUGACUGCGGCUCAUUGCAUCAAGACGCAUUCGGGUAGGGACCUGAGGGCUAGACUUGGGGAGUGGGACGUGAACCACGACGUAGAAUUCUUCCCCUACAUAGAAAGAGAUAUCGUCAGCGUCGUAGUUCACCCGGAAUUCUACGCCGGUACUUUGUACAACGACAUCGCAAUCCUGAAACUCGACCACGAUAUUGACUUCGAAAGAAAUCCUCACAUCAGUCCCGCCUGCUUGCCAAACAAACACGAUGACUUCAACGGAGUCAGGUGCUGGACGACCGGUUGGGGAAAGGAUGCUUUUGGAGACUUUGGGAAGUACCAGAAUAUCCUGAAGGAGGUGGACGUGCCAGUCAUAAGCAACGGAGUUUGCGAGAACCAGAUGAGGAAGACCAGAUUGGGAUACAGUUUCAAUCUUCACCCAGGAUUCAUCUGCGCCGGAGGGGAGGAAGGCAAGGACGCCUGUAAGGGAGACGGAGGUGGUCCAAUGGUGUGCGAAAGACAGGGUCGUUGGCAACUAGCUGGAGUUGUUUCGUGGGGUAUCGGAUGUGGACAGGCAGGAGUUCCCGGUGUUUAUGCCAGGGUGUCUCACUACCUCGACUGGAUCCGGCAAGUUACUGGACAGAAUUAGAAAUUAAUCACAAGAUAAUGCGAGCAUGUGCAUCAGGAGUACAAUAACGUUUCAUCGAGUAUGAAACGACCCGGAAAAAGCACGAGAAAGUCGAUUCGAUCGUGCGGAUAUUUAUUAUAAUUUAUCAUUAACGACGAAGGGAAUAGAAGAAUCGUUUUGUUGUACUUUUUUUUUUCAAAACGAU